AUGGUAUCGCUCACCCGCCUGGCGGCCGCCGUCCUGGCGGUCGCGAGCAGCGUCGCUGACGCCCGUCCCAACCCCACUACCCGCGCAACUGACGACCUCGCGCUCGUUGCCCAGCGCCGCCGUGUCGACAUGGCAGGCUUCGCGACUGGCCCGCUCUUCGCCCAGAUCGACACUUGGCUCGGGUCCCAGACGGCCAAUGGGACGUGGCCCGACGUCAACUAUGCGUCGGGGUGUGCUGCGCAACGUGCCAACUGGCCUGCACAGCAACACUGGGUCCGUGUGAUCACCCUCGCGGCCGCUUGGUCCGGCCUGAACCCCGCUGCACCUGCCAGCUCUGCCAACGACCCCAAGCUCCUCGCUGCGGCGCUCAAGGGCAUGGACUGGUGGUUCGCCAACGACUUUAAAAACUCUGACUGCCUGGGUUCUGGCGGCGAUGCAAAGAAGAACUGCCCAUGCGGAACCCCGGGCAUGUGGAACACCAACUGGUUUGGCCAGGUGAUCCUCAUCCCCCAGCUCGCAUCGACGGCCUGCUUGAUCGUCUCGACGACCAACCUCACCGACGCCCAAAAGUUUGGGUGCUACAACAUCCCCAACAGGCCGUAUGUGCUCCGCGACACGAGCAUCCCCGGCGUGGGCUACCUCACCGGCGCCAACAUGAUCAAUGUGAUGCAGAACUCGCUCUCCAUGGCCCUGUACACCAACAAUGCCACCAUCGUCUCUGACACGCUCACCCGUGCCAUGGGUGCAGUUCUGUUCGCCGACCAGCCUGUCGAGGACGGCAUCCACCGCGACGGCAGCUUCCUCCAGCAUGCGGGCAUCAUCUACAAUGGUAACUACGGCAAGGACUUGCUCAAUGCCUUCAUUCAACUUGAGGGAGAUGCCAUCGGAACAUCGUUCGCCGCCAACGACAGCGUCCGCGAGGCGUUCGCAGCCCAGGUCAAGGGCAGCGAAUGGAUGAUCUUUGUCGACAAGGAGACCAAGCAGCAGCACUGGGACUUCAAUGUCAUCGGCCGGUUUGUCGCCUUCCCUACCCCCGACCUCCAGGCGAGCGCCGACAUCAACUUCAACGUGUCCAAGCUCGAGGCCGCCACUGCCGACUUUACUGGCGCCAACUCGCUCACCGACACGGUCAAGCGCCUCGAGAGCAACGGCUCCAUCCCGCUCGUCGGCAACAAGGGCUUCUGGGCGUCAGACUACAUGGUCCACCGCCGCGAGAACUUUGUCCUCGGCAACAAGCUCAUCUCGAACCGCUCCCACAACACCGAGUACACUAACUCUGCCAACCCUCUCGGCUACCACCUUGGCCAGGGCACCCUCUUCUCGUACGUCACGGGCAACGAGUACAAGGACAUCCAGGCCCAGUGGGACUGGUACCUCAUCCCUGGCACCACCGACCUCCUCCGCGUCCCCACGCUCUCUAGCAGCUGGACCGGCGUCACGGGCAAGAAGAACUUUGUCGGCACUGUCAGUGACGGGUCGGUCGGUGCGUCGGUCAUGGACUACAUCGACCCUCAUGACGGCAGCCUGGCGUUCCGCAAGGCGUGGUUCUACUUUGACGACAGCGUCCUCGUCACCACCACUGCUGUCGUUGUCGACCGUACCGUUGCCGGUAUCGGCAGCGCACCCGUCAUCUCCGUUCUCGACAACAGGCGCAAGGCGGAUGGCGGCAUCGCCGUCGACGGCAAGGCCGUGAGCAGUGGCGCUGUCACUGGCAAGACUCUCUACUACGGAGGCAAUGGUUACCUGUCCCACGGCAUCCCCUUCAACCUCAGGCUUGACGAGAGCACGCGCAGCGGCAACUGGUCCGCCAUCUCCACUUCGGUGGCUGGCGUCCAGUCGGCCGAUAUCUUCUCGGCCUAUACCACCAUCCCUGCCACCACCUACUCGUACCAGUUCUUCCCCGCGGCGUCCAAGGACAAGCUCGCCAAGGAGGCCAAGGCGCCGUCCAUCACCCCCAUCGACGUGAACGGCACCCUCGGUGCGGCGGGCAACGGCCGCCUGGCGCUCGUCUUCUGGCCCGGCACCCCCUCGACCGUCACCGUGGACAGGAGGACGGCCGGAUGGGGCAACGGCGGCCAGAUCACCAUCAACUCGGCCCAGCCCGGCGCGUACCUCUUCAGCCUCAAGGGCGACCAGCUCGCCAUCACCGUCUCGGACCCGUCCCAGACCCUCACCAGCGUGUCCUUCACCAUCACCGCGACCGGCGGAAACUUCAAGUGCCCCGGUGGUAACGGCGGCAAUGGGGGCAACGGUGGUAACGGCGGCAACGGUGGCAACGGCGGCAGCGGUGGCAACGGCGGCAACGCACUUGCACGCGCCACGGCAACGAGCUCACCUUCACCGUGGCGCUGCCCACGGGCGGCUUCACUGGCUCGUCGGUGA